AUGGAACAAACAAAACCAAAACGACGUACAAGUAUUUUUGAUUAUUGGAGUGUUAGCAAGAAAAAGAAAUUCAUAGAAGAGUCAAAGAGUUCAUCAAGAAAAUCUGUUACACUCAUGGAAGAUCUUUCUAAUGAAAUCUUCUAUGAAAUUUUUAAUUAUCUUGAUGUUUAUUAUGUAUAUAAAGCAUUUUACAAUCUUAAUAUACGUUUACAAAGUCUUCUUACAAAUUCAACACUUCCUUUAAAAAUCAAUAUUUCAUUUAUGUCGAAAUCAAAUUUUCAAAGUUAUUAUAGACAUAUUAUCAUGCCUAAUAAACAUCGAAUUAUAUCAUUAUAUCUAUCGAAUCCAUUCGUUGUCGAUUUUAUUUUUUCUCCAGUACGUGUCACAUCAAAUUUUACUCGAUUAGAAACACUUCUAUUUGAUAAUAUAAAAUCAAAAUAUCUUAUCAAUAUUCUCAAUCAUUUAUCUUCUUUAUCUAAUCUCUCAUCAUUAGUUGUGAUUCCUAUUGAUUGUUAUCGAAAUCCAAAUGAAAUUUAUCAACAUAUAUUUCGUUUGCCAGCAUUGAAAUAUUGUAAAAUAUCAUUAAAAGAAUAUUCUGAUUAUUAUUCAUUACCGAUGGCAACAAAUCUGACAAGUCCUAUUGAACAUCUUGUUAUUACACAUCAAUUUUACCUUAAUAAUCUCAAUGCUUUAUUAUCGUAUAUUCCUCAAGUUCGUCGUUUAACAUUUCAUUAUCUUGAUGGAACUCGUAGCAAUCAAUUAGAAACAUUUUCAUGUUCUUCAAAAAAUUUAAUACAUGUUUCUAUUCAUAUGAAAGAUAUCUCUUUAGACAAAUUUGAAUUGAUGAGUAAAUAUCUGUUUAAUCAACUUCAAAUUUUACAUGUCACAACAAAAUAUGAUAGAACAUAUCUCGAUGCAAAUCGAUGGGAACAAUUAAUAUUAUCUUUUAUGCCUAAUUUACGUAUUUUUGAUUUUCAACAUAUUGAUUUUAUAGAAAAUAUCAAUGAUAAUAAUCAGUUUAUAUAUGAUUCUGUAUUUAAUCAAUUUUGUUCUUCGUUUUGGUUCAAACGAAAGUGGUUCUUUGAAUGUCAAUUUUACAUGGAAACAUAUCGAAAACACGUCAUUUUCUAUUCAAUAAAUCCGUAUAGAAGAAAACAAUACACAUUGUAUACACAGUUGACCGAAAAUUUUCGUCUACGUUCUCGAAGAAGCCAAAUAAAUUCUGUGGAUCAUGUCAAAAUUCAAGGUGAAGAAGCUAUUAUAAAUUGCGGAAGUUAUUUUCGAAAUGCUACGAAACUUACUCUUUCGCAUGGUUUUGCUGAAAGUCGUGUAUGGCUUCGAAUCAUUCUUCAAAAUAUUAUUCCUGUAAAACAAUUGACUACACUAGUCAUUGAUUGCGACACUUUCUCUUUUGAUCAAUUAAUCAAAUUAUUACGUUUUACUUCUAAUAUUCAUACAUUAACAUUCGAUUCUCAAUCAAUUGACAAAUCAAAUUCUAUGAUGAUUCAACAAAGUGAAACAUUUCGAUUAGUAUCGAAUACAAAUAAUAUUACAAAUGUGACUAUUAAAGAAAGAUAUUCAUCAGAAAAUACCGAACUAUUUGUUGCUUUAUGUCCCCGAAUGCAAUAUCUUACAAUUGAUAUAUAUGCACAAUAUCUUGAAUCGAUCAUGCGAUUUAUACUAUUGAAAACUAAACACAAUAUUCAAUAUUUGUAUUCAAUUUGUAUAAAAAAUACACGUAAAUCAAUGAUUGGAAUAUUGAAGACUCUUAUCGAAUCAGAAGAAUUACUUGAUAACUAUUUAAUUAAGUCGAUUGAUUCCGACUUAUAUCUUUGGUGGUAG